CCCGGAAAUGCUUUUAAGAGCACCGAGUUUAAAAAAAAGAAACCAAGCAAGCAUUUUCUUCCUCGCUGAGUCCAACAACGGAAUAUUUGUUAUUGGACAUUUCAGAUACGUUUGAAGUUCCGCAGGACGGAAACGGACCGCUUCUUUUUGUUGGCAAAUCGCCUCGAAUUCAGGAUGAAAGGUGGGGCCUCCUUCCUCUCGCCUCCCCCCUCUCCAUCAGUGGCCCCUCUCCCACUCCCCUCCUCCUCUGCACUGGCAGUCUGUCCCGAACUUGACCUGUCUGUCAUGACCAGCCCGACUCACAUGCACCUGAAGCGACAGAAGAACAAACAGAGAAAGCAAAACACAAAGGCGUGUUUGAAAGAGCCAGUGGUCGUGAAGGUAAUAUCAGAGCCACAGAUCCAACCCAUCAGUGAUGCACCGCCUCGACAGCCAACCAACAAUAGUGAUAAUCUCCACGGAAAACAAAAUCUAAGGACUGGAACGCUGAACCAGAAGACAGAGCUGACCGCUGCAAUAUCCUAUGACCAUCCCGACAUUCCUGAGGAGGUGGAGCUCAACACCACCUUGGCUCUAAAGGCAAAGCUCUUGGAGUUGCAGGGAGCAGAGUUUAACACCCGGAAAGCUGUUCAGGAGACAUUACAGGAGGUGGAGCAAACAAAAAAACAGAUCAACACCAGAGCGACACAAGGAACCAACUUCUCUCGGUCUCAGACCCUUUUCACCUCAUUGGUCAGCGUGGAUGUGCCUGAGAGUCAGCUGAUAAGCCAAGCCGUUAAGGACAGGCUGGUUUUGGCUCCAACACCCCGAAGUCUUGACACCAAAGUAACAGAAAGCCCCUCACCCCUCAUCUUUUUGACACCUGACUUGUUCAGACAGAGGCCCGUCCCCGUGGAGGAGGAGCCAGUCAUUACAAACCAAAUCCCAGCACCUUUUCCCGCCUCCUCGACGUUUGACCUUUUUAGACGAAGGAGUCGCUGGGAAGCCGCCCCCUAGUACAGUAAUCCCUUUGCUACUUCGCGCCUCACCUAUCGCGGCCUUGCUCUAUCGCGGAUUUUUUUCUAAACAAAUAUUGCGGAUUGAUUUGAUGCAUCGCGGAUUUUUUAUUUUUUUUUUAUGUCUCACUCAUACAUUCAAAUCGUUAUAUGCAGGAAUGAAGCACACAAGACAGGCAACAAGACAGGCAAGUGCACCCCUCCACCAUCAGUGGCAUCGGGCGUCACUUGUCUGACCAUAUGACACUAAUGGCCCCAAUGGGAACAUGUUGAGCUGUGUCCUUGCAGCUGAUUGGCUUAGCAGUUCCAACUACAAUUUAGCUCAGCCUACCGCACUGGUUGUGUCAUAUCAGACUUGCGCUUCAUCAUGAAAGUUUUUUUUACUUCGAGACUUUAGUGGAAAUGUUCACAAAAGUGUUUUAAUAGUUAGUAAAUAAAAAUGUCUCUGAAAGUCAGCUUGUCUUUAAAAUGUUCACAAAAGUGUUUUCUAAAGUUAGUAAACAAGAAUGUUUCUUGACUUUAAAAUGUUUGCAAAAAUGUUUAAAAAUGCAAAAAAAAAAGUGUUUAAUAAACAAUAAAGUGUU